AGAAGGGGUUGGAAUUAGGAGAGGAGGAAGGGAGGGAGGGAGAUCGGAAGUGAGUGCAUGUCUUGGUUGCUCCGCAGGAAUAUGUUACCGCUGCACUCGAAUAGCCUUGCUCGUCGUCCGCUCGCGUCUCCGCCGCCUCUGCUGCCUGCGCCGCUCCCAUCUCCGAGGGAAACACAUCUCUGGUAUGUGGUACCUGAUCAGUUGAAGGAUGCUUCCCUUCUGAACCAGUAUAUGGAUCUCCUUUCUCCGUGCGAAAGACAAAGCGUUUUACGUAUGAACGGAGAGAGGCUUCAGAAAGGUGCCCUACUAGCGCGAGCCUUGGUGCGCACCACUCUUGCAAGAUAUACAGAUUGUAGAGUGAGUCCAAAAUCAUUCAAAUUCAGGAAGAAUAGAUUUGGGAAGCCUGAGGUAGAGUGGAAUAAAUAUGAUCUUUGGGCCCCACCACCCUUGCAAUUCAAUAUUUCACAUACAUCUACCAUGAUUGCCUGCGGUGUAGCUUUGGAUCUGCCAAUUGGCGUUGAUAUCGAAGAAAAACAACGGAAGACGAGAAAUAAUAUCCUGUCUCUUGCUCGCCGUUAUUUUUCUCCUGUUGAAGUUGCAUACCUGAGAACUUUAGCAGAUCUUGAGAGUCAGCGACAUGAGUUCAUUAGAUUGUGGACCCUUAAAGAGGCAUAUGUCAAGGCUCUUGGAAGGGGGUUUUCAGGAGCACCUUUCAAGGAUUUCACAAUUCGGUUGGAAGCAAGCAACAGCAAGCAAGUUACUGGGGAAUCAAAAUCUGAUGCAUCCAGAAUAGUUGUGGAAGCUGUUGAUCAUCCCGGAAUCCUCAUGAACAGAUGGCACUUUGCCCUCUUUGAACUUAAUAAUUCUCAUUAUGCAGCAGUUUGCAUGGAGAGGGAUGUAAAAGAUCCAGCAGAUAGAGAGAACAACUCUCUGAAAUUGGAAGUAUGGAGAACGCUUCCCUUCGUAGAAGAUGAAUGUGUUACAGAAACGGCUGCAGUCAAAAAUAUUAUUAGAUGAAUGAAUGUGUUACAGAAAUGGAUGCAGUCAAAAAUAUUAUGAGAUGACCUUGGGCUCUGGAUCAAGCUGCUGCAAGAACUGGAAAAGAAAAUGAUUGCUCCAUAGAUUUUGCAUUAACUCAAGGGGAUGCCUAUUGUCUAACAGCAUUUUUCCUUGGCAACUCUCUCACAGCGUCCGGUAUGUAGACUAAACAAAGAGAGAAGAGGUGCCUAAGUUGUGAACAUCAUUAUUGUCUCAUUAACUAAUACAGGUGUACAUUUUCAAAUUGGUUUAAUUGAUUAACAAUGAGAUAUCUUUUCGAGCAUUA